AGCCAUUUUGGCUCAAGCCCAUUUUGCCCCCCAAGCUGCGGCCUAGCAGGGGCUCGCGAGGCAGUUGUCAAGACUGUGACUGAUGUUAGCUGGGCAUGUGUGUUCUUGCACGUCCGAAGUGAGCUGUUCUGACGUGUUGGCCUCCCGGCCUUGUGCCUGCCCCACAUGUUUCUGAGCUGCCAUGCGUGCGGAAGGAAGAGCCCCUUUCCGCACAACGGCCUGACCUCACACUGGAUAUGCGACUCCCCAAAAUGCGCAGCGGCAUGGAAUGCUACUGGCGACUGGAACCAGGGCGUCGCGGGCGACUUGGCCGGCCAGCGCGCCAGCGCGAUGGACCGCGCGCUGAUCGCCAGCGGCUGCCUGCCUGGUAUGGGUGCCGACCGGCAGCCCCUGAACUCUGUGGCGGUCACGGGUCCCGCUGGCGGUGGCGGCAUGACUGGGAGCUUCCUGGCGCUGACACCGCCCACGCCUACGCCUGAGGCGGUGGCCGAAUACCUCGGCCACAUGAGGCGGUGCCUGCAGGACCCGAACGCGCUGCGCCACCAGUCUCGGAAGCACUUCAGGAUCUACGCGCAGCGCUCCCGCUCGGACGCGCUGACCAUGGGCAUGGAGCAGAUCAUGAUGAGCUGGGAGCGCCUCCACCUCCGCCUGGCGCUGCCAUGUGGCACCCUGGAUGCGUCCACGAUCCUCGGGAGCUGCAACCCGACGUUGAACCAAGAAGGUUUCGAGCUUUUCUACCUUAAGAUGCUGCAGUCGCUCAAGCCGCCCCUGCUUGUUGCUGGGCAUAUUGACGCCUCCUCUACACCGAAUGACGAACAGGAGAAAUACCGCAGGAGGUUACAGACGUGCCGAUUGGACCCGGGCACGCUGCGCGCGCAAGCUGGGAAGCAUUUUUCAAUUUUCGGUAAGGGCAACGACAGCGUUGGCAUAUCCGAGGUCAGGCAGAGCAUAAAGCAGAUGUGGAUGCGAAUGCGCGUCAUGCCCAACAGCGACCAGGUGCCCGGGGAACUGGACCGCCAGGUGGUCGAGCUUCUCACCAGCCACGCCGAUGGCCGACACUCCCGUUUCGACAAAGACUCGUGGGAGCUGUUCUAUUGGAAGAUGUUGUCCACGACCUUCCACCACCUCCUGCCCCUGGAGAUUCCAGGCUGCGCGGACUCGCCCGACAGCACCAAGGAGUUUGCAGAGGAGUCGAUGUCCGGCGCCUUCGGCGACCAGGCCACGGACCCCUCGCCGACCACGAAGCUCGGCUGCGGCGGCACGGCGGCGUCCCAGGCGCUGCAGGGCGCGGCGGAGCUGGUCCCGCCCAUCAUGCCCUUCUCCCUGCCCCAGGCGCCCCACACCGCCCCGCUCGCGGGGCACGGGGGCAUGUGGCCGAUGAUGCCCCUGGCCCCCCCCGGCCGCGGCUCGCCCGCAGGCUUUUUGCCCUCGAGCCUUGACAACGGGCGUUUCGUCGUGGAGAGGAGGCUUGGCUCGGGCUCGUUCGGGGAGGUGUUCAAGGCAAAGGUCGCUUCCUCCGGGCUGCUCGUGGCGGUGAAGCGCGUCCUGAAGCAGCGGGAGAGCGUGAUGAAGGAGUUCCCAUGUGGUAAUCUGCGCGUUGGUACCACAUCUUCCACAUCAAGGGUCGCAUGUUCGGGGGAGUACAUGAUCCUGCAGGGUCUGAGCCACCCUCACGUCCUUCAGGUGAUCGGCCAUUUUGAGGACGAGAAUAACCUGUACUUCGUCUCCGAGUUCCUGUCGGGCGGCUCCCUCACGGACCUCCUGCAGCAGCAGAGCGCCCCCUUCUCGGAGGCGUGGGGGGCCCUGGCGAUCUGGCAGACGCUGACCGCGAUGACGUACUGCCACUCCGCGGGCGUGGUCCACAACGACCUGAAGCCGGAGAAUUUGCUGCUGAAGAGCCUGUCAGUCAGAGCGGGGCUGCACAUCGUGGUCUCCGACUUCGGCCAGGCUUCCUCUGUGUACCAGCCUGGGCAGUGCCCCUUGAGCGACCUCCCGCUGGGCGACCCGAGGUACACGCCUCCGGAGGCGUGGGACGGCCAGACGUGCCACGGUGUCUGUUCCAAACCUGGGGAUGUCUGGAUGAUAGCUUGCACAUUGUUCGAGAUCCUCUCCGGCGGGUCGCUCCCCUUCCUGGGCCGCAAGAACGUGUCGCUGCAGGAGUUCAAGAGCUGGUGCGCGACGACCCCUGGUUUCGCGAUUGAGUGGGUCAAUUGCCUCAAGACAGGGACGCCGAUGUGGCAGAACUUUGCCGAGCCCCGCUCGUCGUCGUCCCGAGACUGCAUCCUCCGAAUGCUUGCGAAGACCCCGGUGCAGCGGCCCAAUUGCGAGCAGACAAUGGAACACACGUGGUUCUGGGAGCAGGGUUGUAUGCAGCUGGGCGACAGCUCGACCGAGGCGUUCACGCCGGACGCCUCGCGUCUCGACCACGGAGCGGGCGCCAUGCUUGGCCAGCCGGGAAGGGCGAUCGACCAUGCUGGGAUGAUGGGGGGCGCUGCGUCUUCCCAGGGGUCCUCGGUGCCCAGCGCCACGAUGAUGAGGCCGAUGGGGAAGAAGUUGUCUGCUGCGCCAGUCUCGAAGAAGAAGCUGCGUGGCCCCAAGUCGGCGACGACCUUGCCGCCAAACACGGCUCUGUCGGCUCCGACCACCAUGACCAAAAAGGGGGUCCAGAUCAAGAACCAGGUCCUCCAGCACAGUGCCGCAAUGCUCGAGUCAAAGCAGGACGACGGCGCCGCGGCGGGACCCGCAACCGCGCCCGGCGCUGGAGCUGCCGGGGCGCCUUCGGAGUCAGCCCGCCCCGCCGACGCAGAGGCCGCGGGCCCGCAGCACCAGAACGAUGCCCACGACAGCGUGCGCGGCGGCAGCCCCCCCCGCGCAGGCGAUGGGCGCCCCACUGGCGAAGCAGAGGAGUUGGCCGCGCAGGUGGAGCAGAGCCACCCUCCUUGCCCCAGCGCGGGGUGCGCCCGCGCCCCCGACGGCGGCCCGCCGCCGCAGAGCGUGCUGGCGGGCGGCGGGGUGCAGCCGGAGGGCGCGGGGCCCCCGUCGGUGUCGUCAUGGCUGCCCCGGGGCACGUGGCGCCGGUACAGGGAGCCCGGGACCAACCGCCUGUGGUUUCUCAAGGAGGCCACGGGCGAGUCGUUCUUCGCGGACUCUCCGGGCGCCUGGCGCCAGCACGCGGGCGCGGGCGGCCGCACCUGGUGGUGGAGCCAGGAGUCGAACACGAGUUUCUGGGAGGACGAGUGCGACAGCGCUGCCGGAGACGACGGCGGCGUCGCCGAGGAGGGAGCGUCUGGGGACGACCUGGAGGCCCUCGGCCUCCAGCACCUGAGGCGGAAGGUCCACCUGGAGCCCUGCCUGAAGGACGGUGGGGAGGUGCGCUCGGCAGUCAGGUACUCUGGGAAACCAUGGGAGUUCCACGUGGUCCUGUUCCGGAGCAACAGCAACGACAAGCUCGGCCUGAACUUCAUCCUGGACCAGGACUCUCGCAUUCCAGUGGUUUCUCAGGUGAAGGACGUGGGCAUGUGCGCCAGUCACAAUUUAGAGAUGCAGCAGUUUCCAGAGGAGAGCCCAUUGCAUCAGAUGCAGGUUGCUGCAGGCGACAAAGUGAAGGUUGUAAACGGUUUCACCUCUGUCGAGGACAUUAGGAAUGAGUUGACAAACGCUCUUGUCGUGCACCUCAGGGUGGUGCGGCCAGGGCAUCCUCCAGAGACUGCGAGCACCCUUGGCCGUGCAGCAGGAAUGCUGUUUCAGUGAGGCUCGGUGGAAAA